AUGAAACUUCGGGCACUAAAUAAGGUUACUCACAAUGUUGUCGAUCUAGUCAUUCUGUCUUCAGCGCUGGUCUCUGCACAAAGUAGCGUAACAUGCGGCACCAUCGCUACCGGUGGUACCCUAGAGGCAUCCCCAUAUACUUCCUCCACGGCCACGAUUUUGAAACGAGGAAAAGAGGUGGUCGGGGUGUAUGAAUUUUACCGUUCAGUGACAUAUGUCAGUGAUUGUAACCCAAGCACCCGCUCUGCUACAGACGUGAAUCCUACCAUCACCAUAUACUAG